AUGAGUACUAAACUAUACCCAAAUGACUAUUUUGGCGAUGAUAAAGAUAUAAACUUAAAAGAACAACAAAUCAGUGAACAACAAUGGCUUAUUAAAGAGAUUAUACUACCAGAAUUACCAGCCAUAAGGGAAUGUAUAGAAACUUGCUUAGAUCUUUUAAAUAGUCCAGAAGAGUUUACUUUAGCUUUAACAACAGGUUCACAUAAUACAACGAGCGCUAACAUUAGCAAUACAAAUCUAUCUAGUUUGGGAGGAUCAAAUGAAAGAUUGGAUAUUGAGAGUAAUACAAGCGGAAGCAGUUCUAAUAGUAAUAGUGCUAUUGGUACUGUUCGUGGUACAUUACGGCGUCAAGGUGUUAAAUUGGUAUCUUUGCAAGCAGAAGUAUCAAUGGUACAGUUCCGUAAUGGAAAAAGUUUUCCAUUAUGCUCUCCAAGAGACACAAAGGGCUUUGUUUUAGAACAAUUGGAACAUUUAGUUCAAAGAUUAGAAGCUGGUGGUGCAUUAUUAGAUAAUUUAUCAGUGACAGAUACCACCUUGGAAGCUGAAGUUUUUGCCACAGGGCUAAUGGAAUUGCAACGAUUAUUAACUGGAGCUGCUCAAUUGCUACAGAGACCCCCUUCCAAACUAGCAUUUCCAUUAUGUGGUCCAUCUGCUGGUAUAUCCCUUUGUGGAAAUAUAGCAGCAGGAAAUUAUAAUAGCUUAGCAGCAAAUGAUACAAGACCAUCUUUAUAUUCAAAUUCAAAUUCUAACAAUAAAGAAGAGCUAGCUUUAGAGGCAGUAGUAGCUGGUGGUGAAUUAAGUGUUGACAUUAGAGUAUUAGAACCUAUUACAAAACCUCCUUGGAAUUCUGUGGAUCCCUUGACAGGACGAAGCCUUUCAGACCAACUGAAGGAUAAAUUACGUGACAGAGGAACAUCUUUAGAGAAAGCUUUAAAUGAAUGCGGCGUAACUAUUGCACAUUCAUGGUGGGAAAAUUAUACUGGUAGUGCUAAUACGACUACUUUACAAGUAGCACGAGAUCACAUGUCUCGCGGCGUUACUUGGAAUGAUAGAGCGGUUCUUAUUCGUGGAGGAACUUUACACGUUGCUGCUAGUGAUCCAGUACUUGUAACUGUCGAUGCUAAAUUAGGUGGGCUUGAGGCAUGUGUAGCAGCUCAUUGUUCGAACUUAGCAGCUUUACAGUAA